GAUGAUUAUGAGGUGUACAUCGGCCUUAUUUUUCAUUAUGAUAGCUCAACUUUUGUCGAAGAAGAAGUAAAUUAUGAACCUCCAAUUGUUGAAGAAUCACAACCAUUCACUUCACGUGAUUUUUCAGAAGACUUCCAAACUCAUAAAACUUGGGCGGAUCGGGAGUCUAUGAUUGAUUGAGCUAGAGUUGAGGCCUAUAAGAGAAACAUGGUGCUAACUAUUGCAAAAUCGAGGCCAAGUAAUUCUAAGAAGCUUGGUAAUGUCCUUCUCGCAUAUGAAAAAUUCGGGAAGUAUCGAGCUGCAAAAAAAGUUAAUGCUCCCGGGGUGCAACAAGAUAAAGGAAAGAAAGCUACAAGAACAAAAAAAAUGAUUGCCCUUUCGGAUUAUAUGGGAGUGAAGUGGAGCGGAAUUUAUGGCGAUUGCAGGUUAACUGUGAAUUUCAUAAUCAUGUUAUUCCAACGAGCUUAGUGGGUCACGCAUUUGCUGGUAAAUUGACAAAGCAAGAGAUUUCUUUGGUGAGAGACUUAUCCGAGGCGGGUUGCAAGCCAAAGCCCAUUCUCCAAAGUUUAAAAAUAGCGAACUCUGGAAAUGUUACAUCUAGGAAGCAGGUGUACAACGCAAGAUGCAAGCUUAAGAAGGAAUGGAUGGAUGGGCGCACCGUCAUGCAACAAUUACUUCAUUUGAUUUCAAAGUAUGAUUACUUUGAGGCCAAUAGAUUAGUGCCAAGGAGUGAAGAUUUAUAUACAUGACAUGAUAUUCGCGCAUCGAGAUUCACUAAAAUUAUUGCAACUUUUUCCUUAUGUUCUCAUCAUGGACACAACAUACAAGACAAACAGGUACAAGAUGCCUUUUCUGAAAAUAGUGGGAUUCACAAGUACGCUGAACACAUUCUAUGUUGCAUCUGCGUGGAUGAGAGCUGAAAGCGCAGAUCACUACAUUUGGGUUUUAAAUGAGUUAAAACUAAUAUGUCCUUGUUCCCUGACCGAGAGUUAGGUUUGAUAAAAGCGCUCGGUGACGUUUUCCCAGAAUCUAAGCAUAUAUUGUGCAUGGUACAUGUUAUGCGUAACAUAGAAGAUAAAGCUUUAAAUUUGAGCAACAUGAAGACGAUCCAAGUAUCCUUUUCAAAAGGAUGCAUGAAGCUAUUUAGUUCAACCACUGUCGAUCAAUAUGAGAAGCAAUUAAAAUAUAUGAGCUCGAAAUGGAAGAACAAUUGGGGUCUUAUGAGAUAUCUUACUGAAAAUUGGCUGGACCCGUACAAAGAUCGUUUAUUUUCACAUUACCAUAUGAUAUGCAUAAAAUGAAAACUUGUGCUGAUACACAGACUUGGCUUGACGACAAUGCUCCGUUGCCACCAGUGAUUACGACAUGGUCUUACUAUCACGACGCAAGUGUUGCAGGAUGGGAUACUCCACUUCUUCACCGAAUUAAAC